AUGUAUAACCAACCAAACGGCUAUUCGACCGACUUCGGUGGAGGUGGUGGCGUCUUACCGAACAAUCAAAUUAUUCAACAAAACGAACAGGAAGGUGAACAAUUAUUAGAAGAAGACGAAUUUGGUCGUACUGAAGAAGAAUUCGAUGAAGAUAUGCAACGCGAAUUAGCUGAUGAUGCACCAUGGAAAAAAAUUCAACAAAAUACAUUUACACGUUGGGCAAAUGAACAUUUAAAAUUAGUUAAUAGACAUGUUGAUGAUUUACAAACAGAUUUUAGCGAUGGUCUAAAUUUAAUUGCGUUAAUUGAAGUAUUAUCACAAAAAAAAUUACCGAAACAUAAUAGACGGCCGAAUUUUCGUUCACAAAAAUUAGAAAAUGUAUCGGUUGUACUCGAUUUUCUUGAAAAUACGGAACGUAUACGUUUAGUCAAUAUUGAUGCGACACAUAUUGUUGAUGGUAAAUUAAAAUUAAUCCUCGGUUUAAUAUGGACACUUAUUCUACAUUAUUCUAUUUCGUUGCCCAUGUGGGAAUUCGAACAACCCGAUGGACAAAAUCAAGGAAGAGAUGCAACACCAAAACAAAAAUUAAUGAAUUGGGUGCAAGGAAAAUUACCACCCGAAUUACCUAUCACAAAUUUUACAUCAGACUGGAAUGAUGGACGUGCAAUUGGUGCUUUAGUUGAUGCAUGUGCACCCGGUCUUUAUCCUGAUUGGGCUGAUCGUGAUCCAAGAAAUGCUUUAGCCAAUGCUAAAGAAGCGAUGGAUUUAGCCGAGCAAUGGCUUGGUAUUCCUCAACUUAUUCAACCACAAGAAAUGAUUAAUCCAAAAGUUGAUGAACAAUCAAUGAUGACAUACCUAUCACAGUAUCCUAGUGCAAAAUUGAAACCUGGAGCACCCGUUAAACCAAAAACAAAUUCAGCUCGUGUGAGAUGUUAUGGAAAAGGUAUCGGUUACCUUUUGUUUCUUCCAGGUAUCGAACCAACAGGCAACAAUGUCGAUGCUCCAGCCAAAUUUCAUGUGGAAACAUUUGCUGCUGGUAAAGGAAACGUCGAUGUUAUUGUUAUUAAUCCAAAAGGACAAAAAGAAAAAUGUGAUAUUGAAUUUCGAAAUGAUAAAAAUCAAACAUACGAUUGUACAUAUUAUCCAACAAUGGAGGGCCAAUACAAAGUCAUUGUCAAAUUUGCUGGACAAGAAGUGCCAAAAUCUCCAUUUUCACCCUAUAUUGAAGGAAAAUCAGGUGAUGCAAGUCAAUGCAAAGUUCAUGGGCCAGGGUUAGAGCCAACAGGUGUCAUGGUAGAUAAACCUACAUGGUUUGAAGUAGACGCAACGAAUGCUGGUAAUGGUCUUGUUGAAGUUGUAUUAAUUGAUCCACGAGGACGCCAAGACGUUGUACCAAUAUCCGUUAAACCAUUGGGCAAUGGAAAAUUUCGUUGUGAAUACGUUGCUCGAGAGCCCGGUUUGCAUUCGGUGAACAUAUUUUUUGCUGGUAAACCAAUUCCUCAAAGUCCUUAUGGUGUUAAUGUUUCAUCUUCAUCUUCUAUUUCUUCGUCAUUGUCAUCGGUAGUUUUGGAGCAUAACUAUCAGUCUGUACCGAUAAGUUCCCUAGAUCUUUCAAUUAAACCGAAAUGGAAUUAUGAUUCAGGAUACGGUGAUUUAUUUGAUAAGCAGAAUCCUCAGUCAUUUGUUUGUGGAGGUACACCACAUCCCGUAAGGCAUACUGAUCACCUUGGUCGUCAUCAUGCGAUAAAAGACCAUAGUUUAACACCACGAUCGGAACUACAGAGUCCAUUUGAACCAAUUCGAGUUGUAACAAUGACACCGAUUGUUCCACUCGAUAUAACUGAACAUAAAAAUACUAAUUUCGGAUUUGAGCAAGAAAAGGAAUCAACAUUGACAAACAGUGAUCGUCAAAAUAUCGUAUCUGAAAAUGAUAGUGAACAUACAUACAACGAUUCGUUAAAUAGCGAGAAAUCAUUUGUAUCAAAUAGAAAUAGUAGUUAUGCUCCAACUACAUUGAGUGUGAAUAGUCAAUAUUAUAUUGUCGAUAAAGCAAGUGAUGCCAAAAAAUGCAGAGCCUUUGGUCGAGGUAUUCAACCGAAAGGUGUACGAACGGGUGAUGUUGCCGAAUUUCGUGUUGUUACCAAAGAUGCGGGAGAAGGCGCUAUGAAAGCAACUGUUAUUGGACCUGACAACAAUGAAAUUCCUUGCCGUGUUACAAAAGCUAAUAAUACAACAUAUGAAUGUGGUUACGUACCUAAUCGUGUUGGUCCUCAUACAGUGAAUAUAACAUAUGGUGGAGCUCAUAUACCGAAAAGUCCAUUUCCUGUUUAUGUGGGACCGUAUAAAGACUCUCGAAUUAGAGCAUAUGGACCUGGCCUUGAAGGAGGAGUUGUAGGCUUUCCAGCCGAUUUCAUGGUUGAAACAAAUGGAGAAACUGGAUCUUUGGGCUUUUCUAUCGAGGGACCAUCACAAGCUCGAAUUGAGUGUCACGAUAAUGGUGAUGGUUCAGCUAAGGUGAGAUACUGGCCGACAAUUCCAGGUGAAUACGCCAUACAUAUUCUUUGCAAUGAUGAAGAUAUACCAAACAGUCCAUUUAUGGCUUGGAUUGAACCACCUGGAAAUUUUGAUCCAACUAAAGUAAAAGCUUUUGGUCCUGGAAUUGAACCAUCAGGUCAAAUUAUUGGUAAACCAACCGAAUUCACUGUCGAUACUCAUAGCGCUGGAGAAGCUCCAUUACGUGUUCAAGCAAUUGAUCAAGAAUAUCAGCCGGUGGAUGUGCAAGUUAUGAAUAAUGGAAAUGGAACAUUCAAAUGCAAAUAUACACCACGUCACCCUAUACGUCACAGUAUUAUGGUCGAUUAUGGCGGUGUAGCCAUUCCGAACAGCCCAUUUAAAGUUUGGCCUACAGAGCCGUCAAAUCCAUCUAAAGUUAAAGUAUAUGGUCCAGGUGUAGAAAGAGGUGUAAAAAUGAAUAUUCCAACACAUUUUACAGUCGAUUGUAAAGAAGCUGGUCCAGGUGAUAUUAGUAUUGCAUUAACUGAUACACGAAAUCAAGAUGUCCCAUUCACUAUUGAUGAUAAUCAAGAUGGAACAUUUACAAUAUCGUAUACACCAAAAUUACCCGGUCUUCAUUGUAUUAGCGUAUUAUUUGGUGAAAGUGAAAUACCGAUAUCACCGAUUAAAGUUAAUGUUGAACCGAGUAUCGAUGUUGAUAAAAUUCGUGUUGAAGGUCUUGAUACAAUACCGAUUGUUGGGCAACCAGCACAGUUAACAUUAAAUACACAAGCAGCCGGUCCUCUUCCUCCAAACGCGGUUAAAGGACGUAUAAAAAAUCCUUCGGGUAAUUUUCAAGAUGCAAUUGUUACUCCAGCCCACAACGGUUAUAAUUUGCGUUUUAAUGUUCCGGAGCCGGGACAGUAUGUUGUUGAACCAGAAGUGUGCAGUUUACCAUUACAUCCGAUAAUAUUAACGGCUGUUGAACCAUUAGAUCCUAGUAAAGUGAGAGCAUUUGGUCCUGGACUAAGUCAAGGAACUGUGAAUAAACCAGCGGAUUUUAUUGUUGAUACAAAAAAUGCUGGCAAUGGACAAUUAGGUGUUACAGUCGAAGGACCAUCUGAAUCAAAAAUUGAUUAUCAAGAUAACAAUGAUGGCUCUUGUCGUGUUACCUAUCAUCCAACAGUGGCCGGCAAUUACAAUAUCAAUAUAUUAUAUGAAGGAAAACAUAUACCUGGUUCACCUUUUCGUGCAGCUGUUAGACCCGAUUUAGAUACGAGAGGAAUUCUUUGUUAUGGUCCAGGAUUAGAUAAAAAGGUUGAUGAUAAUGAUGAUCGAUAUUCAAGAGCUAGCACUGCAACAAACCACAAUUAUCGUCAUUCGUCUAGUCAUGAUCAUGAACGAAAAUCUUUUAUAUCUAGUGGAAGUACACUAUCAUCCUUAAUAGGUCAUACACCACUUGAUCCUUACACAUCUUCCAAAUCUUUAAAUUCAGGAGUAUUUUUGGAAUCACCGACAGAAUUUACGGUUGAUGCUCGUUCAGUAACUGGUUCUGGAACAGGAAAAGUUGAAUGUUUAUUAACAUCGCCGAGUGGUCGAGUAGUACGAUGUCCAGUAAAAAAUAUUGGUGAUGGGACGUAUCAAGUUCAAUAUGCACCGUAUGAAGCUGGAAUGCACCAGUUGGAUGUGACUUACGAAAAUAUUCCAGUACCUGGUAGUCCAUUUCGUAUUAGCGCUAUACCUGGAUGUGAUCCAACGCGUGUACGAGCUUAUGGUCCAGGUCUCGAAAAUGCAACAACAAAUGAAGCCACAACGUUUACAAUUGAAACAAAAGGUGCUGGUCAAGGUAGCCUUGGUUUGGCAAUCGAAGGUCCAAGUGAAGCCAAAAUGAUUUGUCGAGAUAAUCAAGACGGUACAUGUAUUAUGGAAUAUCUUCCCGUAUGCUCUCCAUUUCGUGUUAACGUACGUGAUCGAUUAGACGCAAAUAAAGUUAAUGUUAAAAUGCCUCAAACAAUGCGAGCUAAUUCACAACAAGAAAUUUUAAUCGAUGGACAAGCUGCAGGGCCAGGAAGUCCGACUGUUGAUAUAACAGAUGUUCAUGGUCGACGUAAACCUGCAAAUAUUAGACCUCGUGGUGAAGGUAUUUAUGUAGCUGAAUUUACACCAGCAACAGAAGGACAGCAUCGUGUUGAUAUAUCAUGGAGUGAUAAUCCAAUACCACGGAGCCCAUACAACGUUCAAAUAUUGCCACAUUUCGAACCACAUAAAGUUAUUGUUGACGGUCCAGGCAUUCGAAGUGGUGUACCAGCAUCCUUACCUACCAAUUUUCGUAUUGAUACAAGAGAAGCUGGUUUUGAACAUCUUGAUAUUUUAAUUAAAAAUCCUGAAGGUCUACUUGUUCCAAAUAAAAUAAUUGACAAUAAAGAUGGUACCUAUGGCGUACAUUAUCGUCCAGAAGAUGUUGGACGGUACACAAUCAACGUUAACUACGGUGGAAUACCCGUCAAUAAUUCACCGUUUAACGUAAAAGUGGACCCAAUCGGGGAUCCAUCGAAGUGUCAUAUUUCUGGUCCUGGGAUCAGUCCACAUAUUCAAGUUGGUGAAGAGUACACAAUUACAGUGGAUACGCACGAAGCUGGACCAGGUGCCGUCACGUGUCGCAUCCGUAGUACACAUGGAAACGAUUUAGAUAUUGACAUAGUUGAUAACCAAGAUGGUACAUUCAAUAUAUUUUAUACACCGCAUAAUCCGGGAAAUUAUACGAUCAAAAUUAAAUUUGGUGGACAAGAUAUUCCUGGUGGCGAUCUUAUGGUCACGGCCGGAGAAGAUAAAUAUGACCGUGAUCAUAUCCAAGAUACACUUAUAUCCAGACACGUUCCCAGUCAAUAUCGACCUGUCGAUUUUCGAUUACCGGUUGGUGGUGGCCAUCUGGGCGAUAUUACAGCCGUGGUUCGUACACCAACAGGAAAAAUGCAUACACCUGGUAUCGAAGAUAAUCAAGAUGGAACUGUUAGUAUCAAAUAUCAGCCAUCUGAAAUUGGUUUACAUGAAUUAGAUGUUUUUUAUCAAGGACAACCCAUUGCAGGAUCACCAUUUAAAUUUCAUGUUGAUCAAGUACAAACAGGUUAUGUAACAGCCUAUGGUCCUGGUUUGAGUCACGGUGUUUGCAAUGAACCAUGCAACUUUCGUAUUGUUACCAAAGAUGCCGGCUCUGGAGGUUUAGCAGUUGCCGUUGAAGGUCCAUCCAAAGCAGAGAUUCAGUGUAAAGAUAAUAAAGAUGGAACGUGUGAUGUUACCUACUGGCCGACUGCUCCGGGUGAAUAUACGAUAACAGUAAAAUUUGCAGAUAAACACAUAGUUGGUUCGCCAUUUACAGCAAAAAUAACGGGUGAACCUCGAAAACGAUCACAAGUCAUGGUCGGUAAUCAAAGUGAAGUGAGUUUACGUGUUAUGGAAACAGAUAUAAAUGAACUUCAUGCAACAAUACGUUCACCAAGUGGCAUAGAAGAACCGUGCCUAUUAAAAAGAUUGACAAAUGGAAGUUUAGGGAUAUCAUUUAUACCAAAAGAAACGGGUGACCAUCUUGUCAAUGUUUAUCGUGAUGGAAAACAUAUUAAAAAUAGUCCAUUUCGUAUUCACGUUGGUUCAUCUGAAAUUGGUGAUGCAAGUAAAGUUAGAGUCUUUGGUCAAGGUUUGCAAGAAGGUUAUGCAAAUCAAACAAAUGAUUUUACUGUUGUUACAAGAGAUGCUGGUUAUGGUGGACUAAGCUUAUCAAUCGAAGGUCCGAGUAAAGCUGAUAUUGAAUGUCACGAUAAUGAAGAUGGAUCUUGUCUUGUUACCUAUAAACCAACAGAACCUGGCAUUUAUAUCAUUAAUAUCAAAUUUGCCGAUAAACAUGUGCCAGGCUCUCCAUUUACUGUCAAAGUUGGCGGUCAAGGAUCUGGUAGACUAAAAGAAAGUAUUAUACGUGAUAGAAAAGCAGCCGAAAUUACUCAUAUUGGAAGUCAAUGCGAAUUAUCAUUAAAAAUACCUGGUAAGUUAACAGCAUGA